AUGCCAGCCGCCAGCCGCAUGGCAGCCACCCUCCUUGCACUCUUUCUGGCCCUGGGCAGCCUGCAAGCGGCCGAUGGCGCCUAUGGUGCCAAGGGCAAAUGGAAAGCCGACAAUUAUUGCAUUGACAACGACCUCAAGACCGUGGUGCCCACAGACCUGCUGGAGCAGUUGCCCGUCAGCUUUGAGAUUAAAAAGUCAGAGGGCAAGCAGUGCAAGAAGGGCUUCACUCGCAUCAAAGUCAAGGGCGAGCUCAAGCUGAGCUCAGCCACGCCCCGCUACGAUCUUGGCUUUGCUUUCCACGUACCUGGCGAAGAACUCUGUGAAUGGGGCAAUGCCGUCGAAGUGCGCGAUCUCAACGUCAACGACGGUGCUUUCGCCUCCAUCGGCGCCUCGCUCACGCCGCCUUACCUAGCCCUGGCCGAUACCACCUUCUUUGAUCUUGACGGCGACGGUUGUAGUGAUGCCGUUGGACCAGGUCUUUUUGAUGUCAAGCUGAAAAAGAAGAUCGAAGUGCCGUGCAACGAGUGGGGAGGCGUUGACGCCGUCAACUUGUGCAUCCUCUGGAAUGAAGAUGCUGACCGAGAAUGUUCCAAGACAAAACAUGUCUUGAAAAAGGCACAGACUGGGUUUUGCUUUCCCAUCAACGUUACGGUCGAAGGCGAGGUAGCACCCAUCACCACCCCGCCACCCAGCACCCCACAGCCGCCGACCCCAUCCACCACUACCGCCCAACCGCCCGUCACCACAACGGCUCCCACCACGACACAGGCGCUGCCCAGCACUACCCUGGCUCAGAUGGCAUCUUGUGCCCACCGCGGUUGCGAUGCUCCCUACACCGGAUCUUGUCAAUGUGACCCAUACUGCCGCCUCAUCGGUGAUUGCUGUGCCGACUACGGGCCUGUCUGCGAGGCUGCACCCACGCCGACCACCACCAGUGAAAGUACCAGCACCCCUAUUCACACCACCAUGGCCGACACCACAACCACCACAACGACCACAACUGUCGAGCCUAGCACAGCAACGACAACCACCAUCGAGGCCACGACUACCACCGAAGCCCCGACGACUACUACCACCACGACUACUACCACCACGACUACUUCCGAACCCUCCACCACUACCAUCACCACGACGACCGAACCCGCGACUACUACGACGACAACGACGACGACUACUACUACCACUACUACUUCCGAACCCACGACUACUACCACGACUACUACCACCACGACUACUACCACUACCACCACGACCACGACCACUACCACUACCACAACGACUACUACAACCACAACCACCACAGCUACCACGACUACCACGACUACCACCACGACUACCACCACGACUACCACCACAACUACCCCUAUCAACUGGGCUUUGUGUAGUCCCAGUUGUAAUGAGAGCUAUGUGGAUGGUCGCCCAUGCCAAUGCGACCCACAAUGUCACAUCAUCGGCGACUGCUGCGCCAACUACGUGGACAUUUGCCUGGCCAUUCAUACGACCCUCCCUGAAAGCAGCACCACCACGCGUCCACCUACCACGACCACUACACCCGUACUGGUGACCACCACUGGCUCAGCAGCCACCACCACCACCACCAUCUACAUGACGACUACCGUUCCCAGUGCCCUAUCAUGCGCCAACCGGUGCCAUGAAGGCUACUUUCGUGAUGACGCUUGUCACUGUGAUGACCAAUGCUGGAACCUGAAUGACUGCUGUGCUGAUUACGAGGCUGCAUGCAUGGCGUCCGAGGACACAACGACGACGACUACGGCAGUGCCAACAUCUGGUGCAGCUGCCACGCCCUCUGGUGAGCCCGCCACGACGACAGCCGCGACGACCACGACCACGACGACCACAACAACAACUACGACCACAACCACGACGUACGAUUACGCAAACUCGUGCAUUGGGCGCUGUGGGCAGUACCAGGCUAGCAAGAGCUGCCAGUGCGACGCACAGUGCGUGUUGAUGGGGGAUUGUUGCUUUGAUGUGGACGCGGCAUGUAACCCAGAUGUUGAAGAGCCCGGGGACGAGGAUGACUACGACGGUAUUAACGUGACCCUCACCGGUGAUUCUCGCAUCUUCAACAUCAAGCGCAUUGGCGGCGGGCCCAUGAUCACGCCCGAGACAUUUAGCGAGGACCAUUACGUGUCUGACUCGAUCGCUGGCAACAUCAACGGCCCCUCCCUGAUCAAGGUGCCAUCGUGGAUCCCAAAUCCCCUCGGCAAGUACUAUCUGUACUUUUCGCAUCACCGUGGCCAGUACAUUCGCCUGGCCUACGCGGAUCGCAUAGCCGGUCCAUACACCAUCUACGGGCCCGGCGUGUUUCCCGUCGAGGACUCGGCAGGAGCAGAUCACGUUGCUUCGCCGGAUCUCAUCAUUGACGAGGAGAACCAGGUGUUGCGUAUGUAUUACCACGCCGAGACGACGCCCUACAACACGACGCAGCAGACCUGGGUGGCAAUGAGCACGGAUGGACUAAGCUUCACAACCUUGCCACAACACCUGGGCCGACCCUACUUUCGCGUCUUCACCUACAAGGAUAACUACUAUGCCAUCUCCAAGGACUACUAUCGUGGUGGCAUGGUGCAAGCAGACCUCUCGGGGAACGGUCUGGAGGAGUUUGCCUACGGCCAAGCCUGCAUCAACAACAUGCGUCACUUUGCUGUGUGGCGGGAUGGCGAUGCCCUGUUUCUCUUUUAUUCGCGCGUUGGUGAUGCGCCUGAAUGCAUUUACAUGACGCGUAUCGACCUGACCGUGCCGUGGAACCAGUGGAGCUGUAGCAAGGGCAAGCUACUGAUUCGCCCGGAGUAUGACUACGAGGGCGUCAACUAUCCGAUUCGUAGCUCGGUCGGAGGGGUGGCAUACUCGCCCGUCCACGAGCUACGUGACCCGGGCAUUUAUGUUGAAGACGGCCGGGUGUAUGUUUUUUAUUCCAUCCAGGGCGAGAAGGGACUGGCUCUGGCUGAGCUGACGUGGGAGGAGGGACCCGAUGACGAUGACUCGUCGUUGUAA